AUGGCGCACCUUUCGCCCGAUGCCUCCACGACUGUGGUUGUUGUGGGCGCUGGUCCAUCUGGACUGAUGCUGGCGUGCAAUCUGGUCCGCUACGGAAUUCCCGUCGUGAUCCUCGAUGAGCGACCCGACAAGACAUCAACCGGCAAGGCGGAUGGCAUGCAGCCCAAGACCAUCGAGACCUUCAAGCAGCUCCGGCUCGCAGAUUCCCUACUUCGUAAUGGUGUUCGCGUGUACGAUAUCUCGUUCUGGGAAUCCACCGAAAACACCCCGCUGCACCGAAAGGGUCGACAGAUACACUACCCAGAUCAUCUGGUGGGAGCGGCAGAUCCGUAUAUUCUUCUGGCGCAUCAAGGAAUGAUAGAAGAGGUGCUCAUUGGGGAUAUCGAAGCACGCGGAGCGCGGGUUACUCGCAACAGCCGCUUUGUAGCUUGUUCGCGUAGCCCAGACCGGCAACAGUUGACUAUCACUUACGAAGAUCUAUCUACAAAAACACAGAGGACGAUUCGCGCGGAAUACCUGGUCGGAUGUGAUGGAGCGCGUUCCAAAGUACGCGAUUUCAUUCCUGAUGCGCAGCUCGAAGGAGAAAUGACGAACGCCUCCUGGGGGGUGUUAGAUGGGGUCAUUGAUACCGGCUUUCCGGACCUCUGGAGCAAAGUGGCUGUUCGGUCGCAUUCGGUAGGCUCUAUUCUGUGGAUCCCUCGUGAGCGCAAUAUGACACGGUUGUACGUCGAAUUGAGCUCUACUGAGGGCGAGCGAGUAGAUAAGGCCAAAGCAACCCCAGAAUAUGUUAUGGCCCUGGCCAAGAAGGCCAUGGCACCGUUCAAGCUAGAGUGGAAGUCAAUUGAGGGCAUGAAUCAAGUUGACAAGAUAGAAUGGUUCGGGAACUACGUCGUUGGCCAACGAGUUGCCAGCCACUUCAACGACGAGGAGAUGCAAAUAUUCAUUGCUGGUGAUGCCGGCCACUGCCACUCUGCGCUGGCCGCCCAAGGAGCCAAUACCAGCAUGCACGACAGUUUUAACCUCGCUUGGAAGCUCAAUCUGGUCUGUCGUGGGCUAGCUAAGAAGUCCCUGCUAGCCACGUAUGAGGAUGAGCGCCGUAAGAUUGCAAUGGAUCUCAUUCGCUUUGAUGCAGAGCACUGCAACGCCUUUGAGCAAGGUGAGGCCGCGCUGGCCAAGAAUUUCGAUGACAACAUCCGCUUCAUCUCGGGAGUCGGCGCAGAGUAUUCGACGGGCCUGUUGACAAAGAUCCAAUCAGAUCGAGUCACUGGGGGAGAGCUUCGCCCUGGGGCGCUGCUCGUUCCGGCAAAAGUGACACGAUAUAUCGAUGCGAAUCCGGUCGAUAUCCAGCUGGAUAUUCCGAUGCUGGGCCAAUUUCGAAUCUACAUAUUGGUUCCAGAUAUACCGUCCACGAAGAGCUUCCUUGAUGCAUUUUGCGCUCGAUUAAAGGACCCCAAGUCGAUAUUGGGCCCGGUAUCUGCUCUCGCACAGCAGUCAUAUAACGAGAAACCGCGAGGGAAGGCAGCGUCUGAUGAUUACAUUCAGCCACAAAGAUAUACAACUGUUUCCCACCUUUUCACACUGUCUCUGGUCACAAAGUCGUCGAAAUCCAGUUUUGAGAUCAGUGAUCUGCCGGACGUCCUGCAGCAGAGCCGAUGGACCUUAUAUGUGGAUGAUGCGGACGACAAACAGUGUACGGACAGAUGGGUGGGAAAGUUGGGUAGUGAUCAAGCCGCCAUCAUCAUCGUUCGACCAGAUGGAUACGUGGGAGCUCUAAGUCUAUGGAGGGAGAAAGAAGGGGACAAAGCAGCCGACUGGGUAGAGGAGUAUUAUGGAUCAUUCCUGAUAUAG